GCGGGCACUGCAGCUCCUUCCUCUGUGGAGCGGAGAGCGAGCGAGCGAGCGAGCGAGCGAGAGAGCUAGAGCGAGCCAGAGAGCGGCGAAGGCGGGCAGAGGGGCGCGAGCGAAGCGGCGCAGCCAUCCCCGGCCCGGCGCCGCGCCGCCACCAUGCUAAACAACCUGACGGACUGCGAGGACGGCGACGGGGGAGCCAACCCGGGUGAUGGCAACCCCAAGGAAAGCAGCCCCUUCAUCAACAGCACCGACACGGAGAGGGGCAAGGAGUAUGACGGCAAGAACAUGGCCCUGUUUGAGCGGGCGGGUGCUGGUGAUGGGGGGCUCCAGACACUGACGCUGGCUUCCCUGCAGGCCCCGCGCAUGGGCACCUUUAUGGGUGUGUACCUCCCGUGUCUGCAGAACAUCUUUGGUGUCAUCCUCUUCCUGAGACUCACUUGGGUGGUGGGCAUAGCAGGCAUCAUGGAGUCCUUCUGCAUGGUCUUCAUCUGCUGCUCCUGUACGAUGCUCACGGCCAUCUCCAUGAGUGCCAUUGCCACCAAUGGUGUUGUGCCUGCUGGUGGCUCCUACUACAUGAUCUCCAGGUCUCUGGGCCCAGAGUUUGGGGGCGCCGUGGGCCUCUGCUUCUACCUCGGCACUACCUUUGCUGGGGCCAUGUACAUCCUGGGCACCAUCGAGAUCCUGCUGGCGUACCUCUUCCCGGCCAUGGCCAUCUUCAAGGCAGAGGAUGCCAGUGGAGAGGCGGCGGCCAUGCUGAACAACAUGCGUGUCUACGGCACCUGCGUGCUCACCUGCAUGGCCACUGUGGUGUUUGUGGGCGUCAAGUAUGUCAACAAGUUCGCCCUGGUCUUCCUGGGCUGUGUCAUCCUGUCCAUCCUGGCCAUCUAUGCCGGGGUCAUCAAGUCUGCCUUCGACCCACCCAACUUUCCGAUCUGCCUCCUGGGGAACCGCACGCUGUCGCGCCAUGGCUUUGAUGUCUGUGCCAAGCUGGCCUGGGAAGGAAAUGAGACGGUGACCACGCGGCUCUGGGGCCUGUUCUGCUCUUCACGUUUUCUCAACGCUACCUGCGAUGAGUACUUCACCCGAAACAACGUCACAGAGAUCCAGGGCAUCCCUGGCGCUGCCAGCGGCCUCAUCAAAGAGAACCUGUGGAGCUCCUACCUCACCAAGGGGGUGAUUGUGGAGAAGCGUGGGAUGCCCUCGGUGGGCCUGGCGGAGGGCACUGCUGUCGACAUGGACCACCCGUACGUCUUCAGUGAUAUGACCUCCUACUUCACCCUGCUGGUCGGCAUCUACUUCCCGUCAGUCACAGGGAUCAUGGCGGGCUCCAACCGCUCUGGGGACCUCCGGGAUGCCCAGAAGUCCAUCCCCACGGGCACCAUCCUGGCCAUCGCCACCACCUCUGCGGUCUACAUCAGCUCCGUCGUCCUGUUUGGGGCCUGCAUCGAGGGGGUCGUCCUGCGGGACAAGUUUGGUGAAGCUGUGAAUGGAAACCUGGUGGUGGGCACACUGGCCUGGCCAUCUCCCUGGGUCAUUGUCAUCGGCUCCUUCUUCUCCACCUGUGGGGCUGGGCUUCAGAGCCUCACUGGGGCCCCACGCCUGUUACAGGCCAUCUCCCGGGAUGGCAUAGUGCCCUUCCUGCAGGUCUUUGGCCAUGGCAAAGCCAACGGAGAGCCGACGUGGGCACUGCUGCUGACGGCCUGCAUCUGCGAGAUCGGCAUCCUCAUUGCCUCCCUCGACGAGGUGGCCCCCAUCCUGUCCAUGUUCUUCCUGAUGUGCUACAUGUUCGUGAACCUGGCCUGUGCCGUGCAGACGCUGCUGAGGACGCCCAACUGGAGGCCGCGCUUUCGAUACUACCACUGGACCCUCUCCUUCCUGGGCAUGAGCCUCUGCCUGGCCCUCAUGUUCAUCUGCUCCUGGUAUUACGCACUGGUGGCCAUGCUCAUUGCGGGGCUCAUCUACAAGUACAUCGAGUACCGCGGGGCAGAGAAGGAAUGGGGCGAUGGGAUCCGGGGCCUGUCUCUCAGCGCCGCUCGCUAUGCCCUCUUGCGCCUGGAGGAAGGGCCCCCGCACACCAAGAACUGGAGGCCUCAGCUGCUGGUGCUGGUGCGCGUGGACCAGGACCAGAACGUGGUGCACCCCCAGCUGCUCUCCCUGACCUCUCAGCUCAAGGCGGGGAAGGGCCUGACCAUCGUGGGCUCGGUCCUCGAGGGCACCUUUCUGGACAACCACCCCCAGGCCCAGCGGGCAGAGGAGUCUAUCCGGCGCCUGAUGGAGGCAGAGAAGGUGAAAGGCUUCUGCCAGGUGGUGAUCUCCUCCAACCUGCGCGACGGCGUGUCCCACCUGAUUCAGUCCGGGGGCCUCGGGGGCCUGCAGCACAACACGGUGCUCGUGGGCUGGCCCCGCAACUGGAGGCAGAAGGAGGACCAUCAGACGUGGCGGAACUUCAUCGAACUGGUCCGGGAAACCACAGCUGGCCACCUGGCCCUGCUGGUCACCAAGAACGUGUCCAUGUUCCCUGGGAACCCCGAGCGCUUCUCCGAGGGCAGCAUCGACGUCUGGUGGAUCGUGCACGACGGCGGCAUGCUCAUGCUGCUGCCCUUCCUGCUGCGCCACCACAAGGUCUGGCGGAAGUGCAAGAUGCGAAUCUUCACUGUGGCCCAGAUGGACGACAACAGCAUCCAGAUGAAGAAGGACCUGACCACGUUUCUGUACCAUUUGCGCAUCACCGCGGAGGUGGAGGUGGUGGAGAUGCACGAGAGCGACAUCUCCGCCUACACCUACGAGAAGACCCUGGUGAUGGAGCAGCGCUCCCAGAUCCUCAAGCAGAUGCACCUGACCAAGAACGAGCGCGAGCGGGAGAUUCAGAGUAUCACAGAUGAGUCUCGAGGCUCCAUCCGGAGAAAGAAUCCGGCCAACACUCGGCUUCGCCUCAAUGUCCCGGAAGAGACGGCUGGUGACAGCGAGGAGAAGCCCGAGGAGGAGGUGCAGCUGAUCCACGACCAGAGUGCUCCCAGCUGCCCCAGCAGCUCCCCGUCCCCAGGGGAGGAGCCUGAGGGGGAGGGCGAGACAGAUCCCGAGAAGGUGCAUCUCACCUGGACCAAGGACAAGUCCGUGGCAGAGAAGAAUAAGGGCCCCAGUCCCGUCUCCUCGGAGGGCAUCAAGGACUUCUUCAGCAUGAAGCCGGAGUGGGAGAACUUGAACCAGUCCAACGUGCGGCGCAUGCACACGGCCGUGCGGCUGAACGAGGUCAUCGUCAAGAAAUCCCGGGACGCCAAGCUCGUUUUGCUCAACAUGCCCGGGCCCCCCCGCAACCGCAACGGUGACGAAAACUACAUGGAGUUCCUCGAGGUCCUCACAGAACACCUGGAUCGGGUGAUGCUGGUCCGCGGCGGCGGCCGCGAGGUCAUCACCAUCUACUCCUGAGGGCCAGGACCUGCCACCCGGGCCCCAGCGCGCCCGGCCGCGGCCCCGGAGCCCUCGCCGCGCCCCCCGCCGCUGUCACCGUUUACACACAGACCCUGUGCCCGUGCCCUGCCCCCUUUCCCCGCUGCCUGAAGCCUGGAGGCCACGCCCGUCGGGGCUGACUCGGAGAGGGCGCCCGAGCGCCUGUCGUCCCGGCUGCGCUGCCCUUUUCUAAGCGCGGCCUCGCCCGGCCGGAGAGACGCUGCAAUAAGGGUCGGGAGCAGGUGCGGAAAGCAGAGGACCUGGGGCCCGGAGGACCCCCGGCAUCCUCGCGGCCCCUUCCCCUUCCCACGCCGCCGCGGUCCUGGCGCUGCGCUCCUCGGCGCUGCGGCUCGCUCCCAGCGGCCCCGAGGCGCGGCUGGGCAGGCGGCGCCCCAAGUCCCCC